GGCGGGAGGAGCGGCCGCGCAGUUUGCGGGCACUGGCGGGGGGGUUGUCGCUGCUGCUGCCGCCGCCGCGGGAAGAUGGCGACGCUGAAGGCCGUGUGCGUGAUGAAGGGGGACGGCCCCGUGCAGGGCGUCAUCCACUUCCAUCAGCAGGGUAAUGGACCAGUAAAAGUUACUGGAAGAAUCAGUGGCUUAGUUGAUGGGGAUCAUGGCUUCCAUGUCCACGAAUUUGGUGACAACACAAAUGGGUGUACCAGCGCAGGUUCUCACUUCAAUCCUGAAGGCAAGCAGCAUGGUGGCCCAAGUGAUGCAGAAAGGCACGUGGGAGACCUUGGCAAUGUGACGGCUAAAGGAGGAGUGGCAGAAGUGAUAAUAGAAGAUGAAGUCAUUUCUCUUAGUGGACCACAUAGCAUCAUUGGACGCACCAUGGUGGUCCAUGAAAAAUGUGAUGACCUGGGUAGAGGGGGAGAUAAUGAGAGCAAAUUAACUGGAAAUGCUGGCCCUCGUUUAGCUUGUGGUGUGAUUGGAAUAGCGAAGAGUUAAGUAUUGUACCCAAAAUGCUUAAGGUGACAGUGGUGAGUGGGCUGUGUUUCAUGGCAAAUGCUCUACUUGCCCUUCCUUGUGUAAACAAACAAUUUAUCACUUAAUCUCAUUACUACUCCGUGUUCUGAGUAUCACUUCCACUGGUGAAGACUGACUUAAUUUUGUAUGGUGUAUAAUUGCAAUUAAAGUGGCCCUGACGGAAUGUCUCUGUAGUCUUCUGCUGAAGCAUCUGCUGUAACCAUUAAGUAUCCCUUUGCUAACUGGAGCCCCCCUGCUGGGUAACGGGAGGUGUGCAGUAGUGGCCACAUCCCGAACCUCUCGCGUACUGUGGGAUCUGGAGGAUCAGCCUUCCGAGCUCUGGCAAGGCUACUCACCGAAGAGCAGUAGGGCACUGUGUGUACUGGGGCUUCCUCCUGGCAAGGCUGCAGCAUUUGUAGGUUUCAAACUUGUGUAAUAAACUCGUUGGGCAAAUACA